AUGAAGAAGAAUGGGAAGACGCCAAGUGUAAAGAAACCUGUCAAAAAUCAGAAGAAGGCCCAAAAAGAGCCCACCAAGAAGAAGGCUGAACCAAACAACGUCGUACCUCAGAGUCCCGCAGCUGAAUCAAAGCAUGACAAAGAGCCUCGUAAACGUAAAGCUCCUAUCAAAUACGAACCUGAAGACGACGAGAAGAAAUCACAGGGUGGACGAAGGCCACCUGCGAAGAAGGAACCUUCCGCAAAGAAAGAACCUUCCGGGCAGAAAAAGAAAAAGCCGCGUAUGGAACAAAAGCCUUCCGAGUCUAAACUUAAUGAAGUGGAUUGCAACAUGAAAACUUCUGACACAGAGGAACUUCAAGAGAAUGGCAAAGGAGCUAAGAGUAUUCCUACAGCUGAACCAUCGGAAGAAGUUGAGGAAAAAGUGCAGCCAAGCUUAAUUAGCGAGAAAAGUGAUUCGCCGUCAAAGAUGAAGGAGGAAGAAGCACAGAAUCGUCCUCCAGCAAAGAAAACGCCAGCAAAAGGAAAGAAGCCAUCAAAUAUGCAAAAGCCUCCUAAACGGGACGAAGAAGAAUGGGAAAAUUUCGGAAAUACGAGCGAUGAAGAUGGAUCCGAGAGCCCUCCUAAGCCACCCACUAAAAAACUGAAGAAGAAGAGGAAAGUCACCAAUUCAGUCUCCAAAUCCAAAAACGUCAAACCUAAGAAUCUGAAGAAAGCUGAGCCAGAUUUUGGUGAUUUUGGCGAUGCCGUACGCCGAAGUGAUCGAAAUGUGGUUCGCAAAAGUUAUGUGAUAAAAGAUGAUGAUGACGACGAGGAAUCUCCGAGCUCUUCAUCUGCAUCAGAAAGUGAAAGCGAAGUUCCUUCUUCAGUAGAGGCUUCAUCGGAAGAGCCAGACUCCGAAACUGAAGGUUCUUCAGUUGACGAAGAUCCAGAGGACAGUGACGCGAGCUUUGCUCCAUCAAAAGCCAAGCAAUCGAAACGAUCCAGUGUAGAAAAGAGUGGAAGCAGUGGUCGACCACAGAACAAAAGUUCCAAGACUGAACGGAAGUCGCAUGCUUCAUCAAAAGCGGGAAAAUCAACAGCAGGAAAGUCAACGAAAUCGAGAGGUGCAUGUUCAGCACGCGAAGCAACAAUAUUAAAUCAGCCUCAACAACGUCCGGCUUCUUCGAAACCGCUGAAACCUUGGCAAAAAACGAGUCAACCUGUUGUCCUAGGAGAUAUUGUUGUUCCCCCAAGGAUCUUCGCUGCAGCCUUGGCUGUUGGCAGGCAUCGAGAGAUGACUCAUGAAGAAAGUUGCAAGAUCGUGGAUGGGAUGAAAGCUAAGUGCGUUCCCAAAAACGGUACUGCGGCGGGUACGACGGGAACGGAAAACGGGGAGCAGAAGAAUGAGGACGCGUCGUCUUCUGAAGACGAGUGGGAGGAGAUGGAACUCGUGGACGCUAACGAAGCCAAGUCAAAGCAUGUUCAAGUAACGCUCAAAAAGGCUGAGGAAAAGGAUUGGUGGGCUAUCUAUCUUCGUCAAGAAGUGAACAAAUGCGUACGAGAUAACUGGGAGAUAUGCCACAAAGUCAAUAUUCUUUGCUAUAUUGGUCACCUUCAAUAUUUGAGGAAGGUUGCAUUAGAAGAAAGCCUAAUUCCAUCAUUGAUGCUGACCAAGGCAUCUGGAGCUCCCAUUACUUAUGAACCAGGUCUUUGCCGUUUCGAUGCCACCGCUCGAUUGGCUGAGAUGGUUUCACAGGACGUUUUUGAAAAUGACGUCGAUCGUGCUGUUGCUGUAUUAAAGCAAAUUGCAAUGAUGAAGAAACGUUCCGAAUCAGCGUCUGCUACAGCACAAAAGAAACAAAAGAGUAAGGAAGGUUCAAAGAAGAAAAGUACUGGAACAGAUUAUCGCGGAAUGAUUCGCAAUUACUGGGUGGAAUACUGGGACAAGAAGCAGAAUCGAUGGAUAUGUGUUGACCCACUUCGAGGCACUGUUGACGAACCUAAUUCGAUUGAAGAGAAUGUGACGAAGCCUGUCGUAUAUGUGUUCGCUAUUGAUAGUGAGGGUGGUGUUCGUGAAGUGACCGCUCGUUAUGCAUCCGACUAUCCUCGUCCAGAGUUUCGCAGACGCCGAACUGAUCCAAUGUGGCUUUGCAGUACUCUAAGAAAGAAAAUGAUCAGGGCUGAUCCAAAGAGAGCGCAACUCGAAGACGUUCAUAUGCGACAAGAAAUCGUCAACAAACCAUUACCAGCUACUUUAUCGGAGUAUAAAAACCAUCCUCUGUAUGUUCUCGAGAAGGAUCUGCUGAAGUUUGAAGGUCUUUAUCCCAAAGCAGAAGAUCAAAAACCUCUGGGUGAAGUCCGUGGUCACAAGGUGUACCCUCGGUCCACUGUUUUCACGUUACAGACUGAACGCAAUUGGAUAAAAAUGGCUAGAAGUGUGAAGGAAGGAGAAACCGCAUACAAAGUGGUAAAAGCACGACCUAAUCUGCGCAUUCCGGCUGAGCAGCGAGAACAGACGUAUGUGGAUGCGUUUGGAUAUUGGCAGACGGAGCCAUAUCGUCGUCCAGUAGUAAAGGAUGGUCGCAUUCCUUGUAAUGAAUUCGGAAAUGUCUAUAUGUAUGUGCCGUCCAUGUGUCCGAUAGGAGCAGUUCAUUUACGUCUUCCUGGUCUAGUAUCUAUAGCUCGAAGACUGGGAGGACUCGAAUGUGUGCCAGCACUUACUGGAUGGGAUUUCAAUUCUGGCACGAAUUUCCCUAUAAUUGAUGGAGCCUGUGUGCUCGAAGAAGAUGCCGACAAGUUUAUUAAUGAAUGGAAGCGGCUCGAGGCGACCAAAGAGGAGCGAGAAAACAAGGCGAAAGGGAGGAAGAAAAAGGAUAAAGAUGCGAAAGAGGAAAAAGCCGAGGAGAACUGUGUAAUUGAUAGAACGGUCAUGGCGGAGCGUCAAAUAUUUACGCACGACGAUUUGAUGAAGUUAAAAAAUUAA